AUGGACCCAACUCCCAAAAAUGACGUCCCAAGUCGCAGUGACUCUCAAUAUGGAGGGGACCAGGUUCCAGAAGCGAGCGAAUACCGCGCAUCACGACCUGGUAAGGUCCGACUGAAAUCUAGACAUUCAUCCAGUGAGAGAUCUCGCGACAAGAAGCGACCGCGCGAGGGAGAUGACCACUAUGAGAGCAGCCGACACCGACAUCGACAUCGACAUCGACGUCGACGCCAUCACAAAGAUCAUGAACCCACGGAGUAUCGCUCACCUCCUGUUUCACCCACUACGGCAUUUCGUGAGUCAUUAUUCGAUGCACUCGCUGACGACGAAGGAGCAGAUUAUUGGCAAGCGGUGUAUGGGCAGCCGAUACAUACAUAUGCUCGGCCAGGUGACCAAGACGAAAGAGGAGAAUUGGAAAAGAUGACAGAUGAUGAAUAUGCUGCUUAUGUUAGGGCACGCAUGUGGGAAAAAACGCAUCAAGGGCUGCUGGAAGAAAGGGAACGGCGCCGGCAAGCUCGCGAAGCUGGAAGAGAACGAGAAAAAGAAUACCGAGGCUCCUCAGGAAGAGGGGAAACGGAACGUGAAGCAUUUGACAGAAUGGUUGAGGAGAGCUUAAAACGUGGCAAUGAAAGAAAGGCAAAGAAGGAGAAAACAAACGCCUGGCUUGAUAUCUGGAAGCGCUAUCUUGACUGCUGGGAAGAUUUAAAUACACGGGUUCAAGGAGGACAGCCCAUGUCCAGCAGCGGGGAUUUGCUCCGUGAUAUUCUUGUCUGGCCUGUUAAAUCUGGUCAACAGAAAGAUGUGAAUCUAGAUUCAGUGGAGGAAUUUUUGCGCAAUGCGCCUGUUCCGCAGACGAGUACUGAAGUUUCUAGCUCCAAGCUGUCCAAGCACUCAAACCUUCUAGCUGUUUUGAAGCUAGAGCGUGUGAGAUGGCAUCCUGACAAAAUACGACAUAGAUAUGGGCCCCUGGGGGUUGAUGAAGACAUGGUUAAGGCUGCUACUGAAGUAUUUCAGAUUCUAGACCGAAUUUGGGUAGAAGGGCAAGCCAAGAGAUGA